AACUCCCUCUCUCUGUUUCUCUAUCUACUGCAACGACUCUAACCAGUAUUUUGGAUUGCUUGAUCUCUACGGCUACCUGGGUUAUUUCCCUUUAGUCUGGAUUCCUGGUUUCCUGUAGAGAUUUCUUGAUUUCUUCUCUCAAAGUUAUACAAUCACCAACUCUUGAAAUACAUGAAAAUUAAUCCAUACAGGUCUCUUUUCUAAUGGAGCUACACAUGGGAUUACCCCCUGGAUUCAAAUUCCUGAACCUAACAAAAACAUCCCAGAGAUCGCUUCAAUUCUAUCAAACCACUGUUGUGAUUAUCACAUUCUCAGCCUAUGCGUGUUUCCAUGCAUCUAGGAAGCCCCCAAGUAUUGUAAAGAGUGUUCUAGGACCAGGAAUUUCGAGCCCUGAAUUGAUAAACACUUCAAUCUCCAUUGAGAAUGCUGGUUCUAACAAUACAAGUGGUGGGUGGGCUCCUUUUGAUGGAAUUCGAGGAACCCAUCGUCUGGGCGAGCUUGAUCUUGCAUUCCUUUCAAUGUAUUCUUUGGGUAUGUAUUGGGCUGGACACAUUGGUGAUCGGAUCGAUCUUCGCUUGUUUCUCACUCUGGGAAUGUUGGGUAGUGGGCUUUUUACAAUUAUGUUUGGGUUAGGUUACUGGUUGAAAAUACACAGUUUUGCAUAUUUUUUAGCAAUUCAAAUGAUAAGUGGUUUGUUCCAAUCAACUGGAUGGCCAUCUGUAGUUGCAGUCAUGGGGAAUUGGUUUGGAAAGUCUAAAAGAGGUUUGAUAAUGGGAAUUUGGAAUGCCCACACUUCUUUUGGCAAUAUAUUUGGCUCUCUCAUAGCUUCAGCGGUGUUACACUAUGGUUGGGGCUGGUCUUUUGUUUUGCCUGGAAUUUCAAUAUCUUUGGUGGGGUUUUUGGUGUUGUUCUUUCUGGUUGUGUGUCCUGAAGAUGUGGGGUUUUCAUCGAGUUCGCAAAGUUCAGAGAUAGGACUGUAUAGGAUUGAUUCAAAGUUGAGUAAUGGAAAUGUUUCGGAAGACUCAGAAAUGAAGAAGGAAAUGGCUAUGGAUGAUGGUUCAGUGAGAAUAAUUGUGGGCACAGAAGGGGAGGAGGAAGGCCUUUUGGAUCCUUCUAAGUUGCCUGAAGUUCCUAUUGCCAUAGGGUUUAUUGAUGCAUGGAGGCUUCCUGGAGUGGCCCCAUAUGCCUUUUGCUUAUUCUUUUCCAAGCUUGUGGCCUAUACCUUUUUGUAUUGGUUGCCCUUUUACAUACGGCACACAGCUGUUGCUGGUUCACACCUAUCGGAUAGAGCUGCUGGCAUCCUUUCAACCAUUUUCGACAUGGGAGGAGUUUUUGGCGGAAUUUUGGCAGGAUAUAUAUCAGAUAGAAUUGGGGCUCGCGCCAUGACAUCUGUUGCAUUCUUCUUCUUCUCUAUCCCAUCUUUGAUAUUAUAUCGAAUUUAUGGAGGCUACUCAAUGCAUACCAAUAUUGGCCUGAUGUUUAUUUCGGGCUUGUUAGUGAAUGGCCCCUAUUCACUGAUUACAACUGCAGUUGCAGCCGAUCUGGGCACACAAAGCUCCAUAAAAGGCAACUCACGUGCCUUAGCCACUGUGACAGCCAUUAUUGAUGGGACUGGUUCAGUUGGGGCAGCGUUGGGACCUUUAUUGACUGGAUAUAUCUCUUCCAGGGGAUGGAAUGGUGUCUUUGCAAUGCUUAUUCUUGCUAUCCUUCUUGCCAGCCUCUUUUUAAUGCGUAUUGCAAGAGAAGAGGUUUUGAGUAAAAUGAGAGGAUCUAUUCCUGUGGAACAAAACUGAGUAUGCAUGGGAAGCAUUCUGUUAUGGCAAUCCAGUGGUUUAUUUAUUCUUGGCUCGUGGCUUGGGAUUUGUUUCCCCUGUAUAACUAUCAUUUCUUUCUGUUUCACAUCCCAGAUGUAAAUGCUCAGUUUAUAUUGUACGAUGAUCAUCAGAAAAAAGUGAGAAAAAAAAGCUGGUUGUAUAAUGGGGUUUUAAAUACCUUAAACUGAAAGACACAUGGGAGGCUAUGGGACACAAAAUAUUUCCCUAUGUAAGACUGUCAUUUGGAAGAAUUUAUUUAAUGUAAUAGAAUCACAUUCUUUUUUACUUUGAAGGAA